AUGAAUACUAAAUUAUUUGCCGUUUUGGUAUUGUUUAUGAUGGCCACAAGUGCUAUGGCCACUUUCCAACAAGAACCAACUAAUGCUGAAAUUGCUGAAUUAGUUAGACUUAUCAGAAACUAUCGUAAUAAACAAUUAUAUGAAAUUGAUGAUGCCGAAGGUCUCCUCUCCAAUCUCCCAGCCAUCGGUGCAAACAUUAAGGAUCUCCUCGGAAAUCUCUUAAACGGUGUCGUUUCCAGGGAUCCAAAGGGAACUGUCCACAUUGGUGUCGACCAAUUGGUAGAAAACUUGAUCAAGCCAGUUGCCGGUGCUCUCGGUAACCUCAUCCACAACCCAGAGAUUGCCAACCGUUUAGUUGCCCUCGUCAACUCCUUGAAGGGUAAACUCGUUGAUUCCAUCUCCAACCUCUUGAACUCUCUUCUCGGAAAGACCCCAUUGGGUAACGUUGUCCACAUCAACAAGGCCACCUUGGUUGAGCCAUCUGUCAUCGUUGCUCAAAUGCAACAAAUUAUGGACGAAGAGGUCUCCAAAUUCCUUCUUUCAGUUAACGAAAUCUUGGAAAGAGACUCCACUCAAGCUCAAUAG